GCGAGGGCGCGCAGCUCGUGAGACGCCGCGCCAGCCGGCACCAUGCGCCUGCGGCCGCUGCCCCUCGUCGUGGUCCCCGGCUUGCUGCAGCUGCUAUUUUGUGACAGUAAGAAGGUGGUGCAUGCCACAGAGGGGCUGGACUGGGAAGACAAAGAUGCUCCUGGGACAUUGGUCGGAAACGUGGUGCACUCAAGGAUCAUCAAUCCUCUGCGCCUGUUUGUCAAACAGUCUCCAGUCCCAAAGCCUGGACACUUGGCAUAUGCGGACAGCAUGGAAAACUUUUGGGAUUGGCUGGCCAAUGUCACGGAGGUUCAGGAGCCAUUGGCAAGAACUAAACGGAGGCCAAUAGUAAAGACGGGAAAAUUUAAGAAGAUGUUUGGGUGGGGUGACUUCCAUUCCAAUAUUAAAACUGUUAAACUCAACCUCCUCAUCACAGGGAAAAUUGUUGACCAUGGAAAUGGGACCUUCAGUGUUUAUUUCCGACAUAAUUCCACAGGCCUAGGCAAUGUUUCAGUGAGUUUGGUACCCCCCUCCAAAGUAGUGGAAUUUGAAGUUUCCCCGCAGUCUACCUUGGAGACCAAGGAAUCCAAAUCUUUCAAUUGUCGCAUUGAAUAUGAAAAAACAGAUCGGGCGAAGAAGACUGCCCUGUGCAACUUUGACCCAUCGAAGAUCUGCUACCAGGAGCAGACCCAGAGCCAUGUGUCUUGGUUGUGCUCCAAACCCUUCAAGGUCAUUUGCAUUUACAUUGCCUUUUAUAGUGUUGAUUAUAAACUUGUGCAAAAAGUCUGUCCUGACUACAAUUACCAUAGUGAGACUCCAUACUUAUCUUCUGGCUGAAUCAUUCCACAGUGAUAUAAAUGAGAGGUGAAUAUAUAUUUAAUUAGAAUGACCAAGAACCAAGCCCAACUCUUCAUGGUAAAGGAUCCCUUUUGUUUCUGGCAGUGAACCUUAGUUCCCUAUUAGGUUUUCAAAUU